UACUAUAUGUGUGCAAAGGCUAAGGCUAAGGCUAAGGCUAAGGCUAAAACUCCCCCUCACAAUCUGAAUGGCUAAGGUGGCUUUCUCUGCCCCCGCUGUUGGCAGUGCCCUCCUGCCCAAAGCCUCAUCCUGCUCUUUGAUCCCUCCCCGCUCCCGGUGCUCUCUCGCAUCAGUCACCGCCAGGAAGCCUACCGGAAUUCAUGCCGCACUUGGCGGAGGAGAUGGCGAGCUGAAGCGUGGUGAAAAGAAGAAGUUCAUCACCAGAGAAGAGGAGCCCGACCAGUAUUGGCAGACAGCAGGGGAGAGGGAAGGAGAGAAUCCCAUGAAGACACCAUUGCCCUAUAUCAUCAUAUUUGGCAUGUCCACCCCUUUCGUCAUUCUUGCCAUCGCAUUUGCUAAUGGUUGGAUCAAAGUGCCUGUCAGGUGAACCGUAUCAGAUUAGGGGUGAAAAUGAAAGAAAAUCCUAGUUUUAUUUAUUUUUCUGUUUUGCCUUUUAUCAUAUAUCGUUAUUAUUACUGAUGUUUUCCCUGAGAGAUGUCUACCCACUUUUCACAUAUUAUACUAUUGGAUCAUCAGUCAUGCUGUUCAAUUAAUUGUCGUUUGUAACAAGCUCCUCUAAACCUCACCUUCUCUGAGAAAUCCAAUUACACUUCCAAUUUACUAUA